CGCGCAAGCAUUCGAUAUCAUACCUUCGCUCCGAGUACUUGUUUAAAAACACACAAAAAUAAUGAUGUUGUUUUUACUGUAUUGCUUACUUGGAGUUUUCGGGGCUUGGGCGGAUAACAUACUGGGAGAAUGUCCAACGAUCAAAAUUCAAGAAAAUUUGGAUUACACUAAGUUUUCAGGCAGCUGGUACAACGUGGCCAGCUACGCCAGUGAUGGUCGAUCGAUCUACGACUGCGCCACGCUGGACUUCCAGGAGGACAACCUGGGUUACACCCUGAAGGAGACCUACGUGGUUGCUGAACUUGGGAACAGGACUCAGAAGUCUUAUCUGGCUAGAGUUGAUCCCACCUUCGAUGCUGGAAACAGGGCCCAGUUCAUUGUCAGUUACGAGAAUGCUGACAAAGUGCUACAGUUCCCGUUCUUCAUACUAUCCACUGACUACGACAACUAUGCUAUCGCAUACACCUGCAAGACCUUCAAGAGGAAGCCGAGAACCCAUUACGUUUUCUCCUGGGUUCUAUCAAGAAACAAGCAAAAGUUAGAAGGAGAAUCACUGAAAAAAGUAGAAGAUGCCUUGUCAAAAUACACGGAGUUGGCCGAGCAUAGACAGUCAUUUGUUUUUAAAGAAUUCUCAGAGGCAGAAUGUCAGUUCUCGCAAAAAUUCGAGACUGAUUUCUUUACUAGUAAUUUUUGGUAAUCUUAUAA